UAGAAAUCAGAACUUCAAAAUCCACCAUGGAUUCUUCGGCCAUAGCUAUAGCAGCGGCUAAAGUUUCUGAUGGCGACGAUGAACUGGAGGAGGAAGAAGGAGAAGAAAUCGAAUCGGCUCCUCCUCUUCAAAUCGGAGAAGAAAGAGUUCUCGGUGCCUCCGGUAUCAAGAAGAAGCUUCUUAAACUCGGUGCUGGGUACGAAACUCCUGAACACAGUGAUGAAGCCACAGUUCAUUACGUUGGUAGUUUGCUUGAUGGAGAAAUCUUCUAUUCAACAAGAGAUAAGAGUGAACCUGUGACUAUUACUUUAAAGGUUGAUGAAGUUAGGGCUCCUCGAGGCUUAGGAGAUUGCAUUAUGACAAUGAAGAAAGGAGAAAUUGCAUUGUUCACUUUGCCUGCUGAUCAAGGUUAUGGAGCUCAGGGAUGUGAUAAUGUGCCUCCCAAUUCUGUUAUUCAGUUUGAAAUUGAACUUUUCUCGUGGAUUACUGUUAUCGAUGUUCGAAGAGAUGGAGGUAUUAUCAAGAAAAUCCUAGAGAAAGGAAGUAAGAAUGGGAAGCCUGGUGAUUUGGAUGAAGUUCUUGUGAAGUACCAAGUUGAGCUUCGUGAUGGUACUGUUGUGGCCAAAUCACCGGAUGAAGGCAUUGAGUUUUGUGUGAAUGAUGGUCAUCUAUGUCCAGCAUUGCCACUGGCAGUUGCAACCAUGCGUCCUGGAGAAAAGGCCAAAUUGAUUGUCCAGCCUCAAUAUGGCUUUGGAGAAGAAGAUUCAAGUGGAAAUAUCAAGGCUGUUCCACCAAACUCUGUGCUAAAUAUUGACAUAGUGCUGGUUUCCUAUAAACCUGUUAUUGAUGUCGUGGGCGAUUCAAAGGUUCUUAAGAAAAUUCUGAGAGAUGGUGAAGGCACAAGUGUUGCAGAUGAUGGUGCCACUGUUACUGUCAGUUAUGUUGCAAAGCUAGAGGAUGGAACUACAUUCGAAAUGAAAGGAGUUGGGGAGGGGGAGCCAUUGGUUUUCAUAACAGAUGAAGAGAAAGUGAUCUCUGGCUUAGACAAAGCUGCUGCAACAAUGAAACGAGGGGAAAAGGCGGUAUUGACAAUAAGUCCUGAGUAUGGAUUUGGAAAUGUGGAAGUCCAGUGUGACCUCGCUAAAGUCCCACAAUGUUCAACUCUUAUAUAUGAAGUUGAAAUGUUAGACUUUGUCAAGGAGAAAACACCCUGGGAGAUGAAUAAUGAAGAGAAAAUAGAAGCUGCUAAUGGAAAGAAAGAACAAGGCAAUCUGCUAUACAAAAAUCAAAAGUACCAGCGAGCAGCUAAGAAAUAUAAUAAGGCUGCAGAAUGUAUUGAGAAUGGCUUUUUUGAAGGUGAUGAAGAAAAGAAAGUCAAGGCUUUGAGAGUAUCCUGCUUCUUGAAUGGUGCAGCCUGUAGUCUAAAACUAAAGAAUUUUCAGGAAACAAUCAGUCUAUGUUCGGAGGUGUUAGGUAUUGAGUUCCAAAAUGUGAAAGCUUUGUAUAGGCGAGCACAAUCCUAUAUCGAGUUGGGAGAUUUGAUAUCAGCAGAAAUGGAUAUAAAAAAGGCUCUGGAAGCUGAUCCUGAGAACCGGGAAGUGAAGUCCCUUCACAAGACGCUGAAACAGUCUAAAGCUGAUAGCAACAAAAGAGACGCUAAGCUCUAUUCAAACAUGUUUGCACCAUCUAAAAAAUUAAAACUUACGGAGACAGAAGAAGAGAAAAUGGCAACAAACAUAGACACUACAGAGCAUUCUAGUGAACAGUUCAGUUGAAUCACAAUGCCACAGACAGAUAGGUAAUUUAUGUGGCUUUGCAUGAAAGAACCAUGCAAAAGUGUAGUUCAAUGUCAUGAAACAUACUCAAAAUAGUAAAAAUAUUGGAAUUUGGGAUUUUGAAGUAGUGGAAAUAGCUGAUUUGAUUCAAAUAUAUCUUUUGUGUAACUCAUGUUGUUGCUCUAGAAUGUAGAUUAUGACCAUGGAGUCUUCUGGCCUUAAAAGCACAGGUUUGAAUCUUCUUCAAUGGAAGUAAUAAGUUUUGAUUAUGGGAUUUCAAUAUAUGAAAGUUUGGUGUAGAACAUUAUGGUAUUAGGAAUGUUUAAUUAGCCUUUGUUUAUCAUCUAAGCACAAAUAUAAGGUUGAUAGAUAUAGAACUGCAGAAAUGACUAUGUGCAAGAACUUAAAUCUUGUUGACUUCUUGAAAUAUUAACUUUUAUACUAUUUUCUAUAAUUUGUGUUCUA